GGAGUCAUUCCUACCGUCCCUCCCCCGCCCUGUCUUUGAUCAGCCUUCCGACCCUCAAUUUCCCUUCUUUUAUUUCUUUCAAUUUGUUCAGCCCCGAGACGUCUCAUUCAUACGUCUUUUUUUCUUCGAUUUCAACUUUUCCACAGUUUCUUUGUGCAGGUCGACACUCUUACAACACCCAAGAGACGGCAUUGUUUGACCAUUACAACACAUAGUCCUCAUUUAAACAACACACCGACAAAUCGAAAAUGGCUCCUCCCUCUGCUGUCGAUAUCGAAGGUGUUACAGAUACCUCUGCGGUUGUUGUCACCGAACCAUUGACCGUCAACGGAGUCCCGGUCAAGCGUGCCAAGUCGGGCAAGUUGGUGGCUGGCGUUGCCGCUGGUACAAGCAGUGAUUUCUUUAAGAGCACAAGCUGCCAAUUCAAGCCCAAAUCGAAGAAUUUUGAACACCGUCUGACCGAGGAAGCUGCUUCCAGAGCGGCCCCUAGUCUCAAGGGAUUGGCCAAAUACCUUUCCAAGCCCGGCAUUCUAUCUCUUGGUGGAGGUCUCCCUUCGAGCGAAUUCUUUCCUUUUGAGAGUAUAGAUAUCAAGGUCCCUCAAGUAGGCCAGUUCUCCGAGCAAGAGACGAGAGAGUCGGGUGUUCAAGUUCAUGCUGGAAAACAUGAUGUUAUCGAAGACAAGAGCGUCUUUGAUCUCUCGAUUGCCUUGAACUACGCCCAGGGCACCGGCUCUGCUCAGAUGCUUCGAUAUGUCACCGAGCACACGGAGAUCAUCCAUGACCCUCCCUACAGCAACUGGCAAUGCGCCCUCAGCGUCGGAAGCACUUCUUCUCUGGAUAUGCUCUAUAGAAUGUUCGUCCGCCGCGGAGACUACGUCUUGUCCGAGGAAUACAUGUUUGCCACUGCGGCCGAAGCCUUGCACCCCAUGGGUGUCAAGAUCGCCGGCAUCAAGAUGGAUUCGGAGGGUUUGAUUGCUGAGGACCUCGAGGAGACUCUGAACAACUGGAAUGAGGAGGAGCGCGGAGCCAAGAAGCCUUUCGUUCUUUACCUGGUACCCACCGGCCAGAACCCCACUGGUGCCACCAUGAGCUUCGAGCGUAGAAAGCAAGUCUACAAGGUCGCACAGAAGCAUGACCUGAUUAUCUUCGAGGACGAGCCAUACUAUUAUCUUCAGAUGCAACCUUACCAAGGCCCUGAUGCGCCGCAGGCACCGCCGCCAGCCUCGCACGAGGAGUUUGUCAAGGCACUCGUGCCCUCAUUCCUGAGCAUCGAUACCGACGGUCGCGUCAUCCGUCUGGAUUCCUUCUCCAAGGUCAUCGCCCCUGGAGCUCGUGUCGGUUGGAUAGUUGCUCCCGACCACAUUGUCGAUAAGUUUGUCCGCUUGUCCGAGGUGUCCGUCCAGACCGCAAGCGGCAUGUCUCAAAUGAUUCUCUUCAAGCUCCUUGACGAGACCUGGGGACACGGUGGCUACUUGGAUUGGCUCAUUCACAUUCGUGUAGAGUAUACCAAGCGUCGUGAUGUCCUGCUGCAUGCUUGCGAGGCUUAUCUUCCUGGUGAGAUUGCCUCGUGGACACCUCCUGCCGCCGGCAUGUUUCACUGGAUUAAGCUGGACUGGAAGCAACACCCGCACGCCUCCACCAAGGGUGUUCGCGGCAUCGAGGAAGAGAUCCUCGAGACAUGCAUUGACAAGGGAGUGCUCCUUGUCCCUGGAAGCUGGUUCCUUGCCGAAAAGUCCAUUGAGCCCACCGAGCUCUUCCUCCGCGCCACCUUUGCUUCGGCGCCUUUUGACAAGAUGUCUGAGGCCAUCAAGCGGUUGGGCGAAGCCAUCCGGGCUUCAUUUGGCUUGCACUAGAGUGCAACAUACACCUUGCUGACAGCAGUCAUUUACAACUAUCGUCACUAUCGACAGGGGCCACGUGGAAAAUCUUAUGAUGAAUGAGAACGUCAUACCAAGGCAUAGAUUUCUCCUUUGAACAUUUGGAGUGAGCUGCGUGCCUGGACGCAUGCACGGAUUUUUUCGGUAACAUGAAAAGUGCCAAGUCAUUAUGUGCAUUGGUCAUUUUGGGGUUCUUCAAAAGACCAGAAAAUUUCCUUAUUUUUCCCUCUCUUCGACCUCUUACAAGAGCGAAAAUGGUAGGGAGCUUGUUUCGAUUUUGCUGAUCAUCCAAUUCGAUAUCUGCCAUCAAUUUCCCCUUUCUCGACUUUUGUUUAUAUAUAGAGCGGGGGGUUUGUGCAGUGACAUGCCUUCUCUUUGAUGGGCUAGUAUAUGCACAUUAUCUUUGGGAGUC